UCAACUUCUUUGAGGUACUGGGCCGUCCGAAAAGCCGCUGAGUAGGAUGAGAGGCUCAAACCGGAACUAGACGCGCCUUCCCCUCGAACCCAACAAGAGCAAUAAGAGUCACCAUGAAUGUUGAACAUGAGGUCAAGCUGUUGGUAGAGGAGUUGAAGAGGCUUGGCCAACCAAAUAGUGAUGACAAAAUUGUAGUCAAGUUUGGAGUUCUAUUCAAUGAUGACCGAUGUGCCAAUAUCUUUGAAGCACUGGUUGGAACACUAAAAGCUGCAAAAAGGAAGAAGAUUGUCCACUAUGAUAGUGAACUGUUGCUUCAAGGUGUCCAUGAUCACGUAGACAUUGUACUAUUGAAGGAUGAAUGAACUGAUCUGGGUUUUCCCAACACAGGUUCAAAGAGAUUUUGAUAUGAUCACACGCAUUUAUUAUGAUGUUUUAUUUACAAAACAAUCACUGGUACUUACGUACAGUACAACUGUAAAUGGACAUUGUACAUAAAUAAAUUACCAUUUGUUAUUUUGUAUUUAAAA